AUGCUCUACUCGAACUCACAGCUGCUUGUCUUGAUUCCAACAGUCGCCGCCUCGACUCUCCUCUUCUCCCAGCAAACUCUUGAUGGCAAUAACAUCUUCAAACACAAUGGGGCAAUGGGACCAUACGUGGACCGUACCUCCUACGGGAUCAACCGUAACCCCCCAGCUGGCUGCAUGGUUGACCAAGUCAUCAUGAUCAAACGACAUGGGGAACGAUACCCCCUUGGAAGCGAAGGGCCAAAGAUCGAAGAUGCCCUGCAAAAGGUCAAAGAUGCAAUUUUAGAUGAGCCCAUCAGCGACGGCGAUCUCGCCUUUGUCAAGAAUUGGACGUACUUCGUCUCUUCCGAUUGUUACUAUGACAAGGAGACCACCACAGGGCCAUACGCAGGAAUCCAGGCCGCUUAUUCGCACGGUGUAGACGCGCGAAAUCGUUACGGCCACCUCUGGGAUGAAGAAACGGUGAUACCAUUAUUCGCUAGUGACACGAGCCGCAUCGUGGAUACGGCUCGGAUGUUCGGAGAAGGCUUCUUCGGUGCUGCCGAUUACAAGACGAAAUCGGCUCUCAACAUCGUUUCCGAGUCGAAGGACCGCGGCGCGAAUGCUCUCUCGCGCGCAUGUCGGAGCCGUGACGCGGACGGGCAGAGUAUAUGCGAUGCGUGGCCGCAGACGUUGCCGCAGCUCGAAGUCGCGGCGCAGCGGCUGAAUGCCCAAUAUUCCAGUUUGAAUCUGACUUCGACUGAUGUAUUCUGGCUAAUGACAAUGGCGUCGUAUGAGCCGAGUGUCCGUGGCUAUUCGAACUGGACCGGAGCUUUCACGAUGGACGAGUGGGUCAGUUUGGGGUAUAUCUGGGAUCUACACUUCUACUAUUGCGCAGGUCCCGGCAACGAAAAGAUGCGCUCCGUUGGCGCUGUCUAUGUCAAUGCUACUCUCGCCCUUCUCAACGAGGGCCCUUCAUCUGGCACUCUAUUUUUCAACUUCGCGCAUGAUACAGACAUCACUCCCAUAAUUGACGCGCUGGGCAUCCUGCCUCAGCAGGAAGAUCUCCCCGUUGACCGAGUAGCCUUCGGCAGUCCCUGGUCAAGUAGCGAGUUAGUCCCAAUGGGCGGCCAUCUGGUCAUGGAGCGGUUAAGCUGUAAUGCAACUGCAGUAUCACCGGCAGGGCCAUACGUGCGGCUGGUUCUCAACGAGGCUGUUGUGGCCUUUCGUGCCUGUCAGUCUGGUCCUGGCUAUUCUUGUCCCCUGGAGGAUUAUACGUCGAUUCUGUCGGGGGACCUACCGGACUUUGUUUCGGAAUGCGAGAUUCCAGAGUCCCUGCCUCAGUAUCUUGAUCUUUGGUGGAACUAUAGCUCGUCAUUUGUGAAUCUUCAGAUGGAGUCCAGGUAA